AUGACCAACCCAACUGCAUUUGCCCAGACUACAAGGUAUGUCAAGGAUUCCACGGAAAUGAGAACCCUGGUGCUCAAUUUAUACCGUAGAUACUUAAGACACUCUAGAGGAUUUGUCAACAAUUACAACUUGGAUAUUCCAGCUUCCCAAGUCAGAACAAAGAUCAGACAAGAAUUUGAAAGACAGAGAUUCGUCAAAGAUCUACCACUGAAAAAUGUCCUAUAUAUGAAGGCUCAAAUGGAGUUCCAGGAGCUGGUCAAUUUCUGGAAACAACAAUGUCAUGUCAUGCAAUACUUUGAAUCCAUUGAUCACCAGAACAAGAUCAAGGGAGAUUCAUUUGUACAAAAGUUCUUGAAGGGAGCUCAAUAG